AUGUUGUUUUUGUUAUAUUUUUCGAUUGCUUUUGCAAGUCAAAAUGAAGACUACGUUCGUUUUAAUUCAACGAUUGAUACGAGUAUAAAAUAUGGACAAUUUAUGCAAAUAAUUCCGAAUACUUUUGGAAUGGGAUCGAACAAUCAAUAUCCAAUUAUAGAUGGGAAGGCGACUAUAAAUUUGACAAUAGGUUCUCCAACAAAGAAUGAGUUCGAUUUUUUUGUCUUCGACUCUCCUUACAAUGAAUUUUAUGUCUGUUAUAUUCAUUUUUCAGAGAGAUCAGGGAACAUAUGUUAAGAAAUGGUAUAAAAUAUAUGUCAGCCUUGUCCUAGAAAUUAGAUUGAAUUUCAAUAUUUAGUGUCAAUCUUUAUGCAAGCAGUCAUGGGGGUUCAGUUGAAUUAUUAGAACCAAAUCGUUAAUGCAACUAAUAUGAAUUCUAUAUGUUUUUUGGGUUGUUAGAGUGAUCAAUUAGGCUCAUUUAUCAUAGCAAAUACAUCAUACCAAUAUUAUUAGAAUGCUGCCUCUUAUAUGAUACUAGAUAAUACGGCGUUUCCAAAUCUUAACGAUUGCAAUGUAACAAUAAGAAAUUGCUAAGAUGCUAGUUCAGAAAUAGUCAUUGACAAUGGAGAUCAAAACUUUAUAAACUUUUGUAACAUAAUGAGAAAUAUAAGUUGCGUUUAGCAAUUCCAAAAUAUAACCAAACCUGAAAUAUACUUUAAUAUAGAUUUCAAUAUUUAAGUAGAAUUAAGAUUUAUGAAUAGAUAAUUCCAAAUAAUUAUCCAUAUUAUGUUCAAUAUAUGA